AUGGAGGCGGCAACGGCAUGGAGGCGGCAGUGGCAUGGAGGCGGCAGUGACAGCGGCGGCGGCGGCAGUGGCGGCGGCGGCAGUGGCAGUGGAGGCGGCAGUGACAGCGGUGGCGGGAAUGACAGUGGCGGCGGAGGCAGCGGCGGAGGCAGUGGCAGUGGCAGUGGAGGCGGCAGAGAAGAGAGCGAUGACGGAGACUGUAUUGACGUCGUCGUCAGUCAGCUUAGUGAUGCCAACAGUGAUAGUGACACAGAAAUAGUAACUGGAAAAGGAAGUCGACCCAAACCAGCAUAUAUUGAAGGUGACACGGAAUGCAUUCAAGUCAAAUACCAGAGUGAAAAUGAAAAUCCACUGUCUGACAGUACCUAUGCCAUGAAAAUUGCAGAGAACAUUCACUCACAGAUCAUUCCGAGUUCUUGA